AUGGAAAAAGUAGUUUUCUGGGAAAGAGGAAUAAUUGAUAGCGAUAUAUUAAAGUGUAAAAAUGCAGAUUUAGCGCUAGAUUUUUUUGUCCUAUAUCUUAUUGGAUUGUUCAAACGUUGCUAUAACCUACUCUCUAUUUGUUUUAGGGUGCCACAAGACGUUGUAUCAACUGGUGGGAAGUGCUUUGUUUUAAAAUGGGUCACAGAGGUGCAAUUGAAGGCCAUAAAAGAAAAAUCAAAAGAACCAGAGGCAGCGGAACCCGAACCUGAACCAACUACUGAAGUUCUUUUCCUUUGUAGUUAUGAAGGCUGUGGAAAGACAUUUAUUGAUGCUGGAGCUUUGAGGAAACAUUCUCACAUCCAUGGGGAGAGACAGUUUGUUUGCCACUAUGAGAAUUGUGGAAAGAAAUUUUUGGAUAGUUCAAAGCUAAAGAGACACUUUCUUAUUCAUACCGGAGCCAGAGAUUAUGUGUGCCCUCAUGAAGGCUGUGGUAAGGCAUUUUCCCUGGAUUUCAACUUAAGGUCACACAUGAAAACACAUUCACAAGAGAACUAUCAUAUCUGCCCGUAUCCCGAUUGUGGAAAGCGAUAUGCUCAUGAGUACAAACUAAAGAAUCACGUCCAGACUCAUCACGAAAAGGGCAUGGUAGAUGUGACAAAGUAUGCCCCACCUCCUCCGGAGAAGCCAUCCAAAACACCGAAAGCUGCUGCUGUGGCACAUGGCUCUGCAUCAUCUGACCGGCCUUAUGCUUGUCCUUAUGAUGGGUGUGAAAAGGCCUACAUCCAUGAAUACAAACUGAACCUUCAUUUGAGGAGAGAGCACCCUGGCCAUUUCCCAGAUGAAAAUGCUAAGAAUGCUCAAUCUAAUGUUGAUAAUGAGAUGGAUGAAGGCAGUGAUCAAGAUGCAUAUGGCGGAAAACGUGGAAACGGGAAAAUUCAGAAACAAAGCAGGCCGAAGCCAAACUUGAAGCUGCCUCCUUCAAAAGUUGCACAGCGCAAAGGCUCUAGUGCUUCUCCAACCAAGACGAAUACAUUGAAAAAACCAUGGCCUGUUAAAGAAGAAUUGUACGAGGAAGAAGAUAGUGAAGAAACGGAAGAGGACCCCGACAAUGUAGAGAAUGGGUGGACGUAUGGGGAGAAUAACGAGGACGACGAUGAAGAGACGGAGUACGAGGAUUAGGAUUAGGAUUUGAUCAUCGAACACUGUCCUCACUCCAUGUUUCCAUGUAAACUGAUUUUCUUCCUUCUGAAAAUGGAUGUGUUUAUAGCUUUUGGUACCAUAUUCUACUUGAAGCAUAUAGUUAUAUUUUCCAAGUAAAACUGUGCGUGUGUGUG